GCUUCGCGGGCGAACGGGCGAUUCGCAUCGCCGACCAUCUCGCGAGAUUCCGCUCACGAGGCUUCCGGUGAGUCUCUCGCUCCCCCGUGAAACUUAGAUGAAUGGAGUUUUCCGACUCUUCCUCUGUACAGGCCUGCAGAAGUCGGUUGCCGUUCCCGAUUUUCUAGGACUCCGCGCUUAUAACCAGCGGCUGAAAGAAUUGCAAUCGGGAAAUUUUUUUUUCCCGGUAAAUGUUACCAUAGUGUCAGUGAUAACUUUCUAUCGUCGCUAUCGCUAUUUGUUGGAUCAAAACGAGAGAAAGGGAGAGUCGAGGCCGAAAUCGACCGGAACUUCGGCGGGGUUUCUCUGGAUUUGUGUGGAUUCUGUACAGCUCGCGGCUGGUAACGGGACUUAGCUGGGAUGAAAAAAUUGUUGUUACUCCGAGAAAGAUAAGGAGCGGUGGAAUCAAUGUGACAGUUAGCAAACUGAAUGUGCUUUGGUCGAAGGAGAAACAGGAUUUUCCGGCUCCAAGAGCUGAAUUUAGUUCGUAAGGACUAGAAAUUCCGUUUCCUUUAACGAAAAUGCGGUUCGGUUCGUUCAUUGUCACGGUUAAUUCAGUCGAUCUUUUUAUCCCCGUGUAAAGGAUCAAAAUGUCCCAUGGACGCGAUCCGCUGAAUCCACGCCGUUCGGUGAUGCUCUGAAACAUUGGAAGAAUGUACCAAAUGGCAUUUCCGUAUCGGAUUUCUCGGCGUCCGCGGCACGUCUCCGCGAAACGGCGGCGACGAGUAAUAUAAAUUACUUCGGAAUACCAACGUGAAAUACCAAUAACCUAUUUAUCAUCAGUAUUUUCAAUGGUUCAUCGAUUCCUCCAUCGAUCGGCACGCGCUAAAGAGAAAAACCACAUUCUCACUCGCUGUUAUGAAUUCUUCACAUCAGCCAGCGACCUUUGGAUCACUCUGUAUAAAUAAAAAAUCUCCCCUCUGAACGAUUCUCUUUCGAUUUCUUCGUUUCCGCCUCCUUCGAAUAUACAUCUGUUCGCGCUUCUUUCGAAUAAAUCCAACCUCUCUGGAUUUCCCCUUUGUCCCCCGCCGAGGGGACGAGUUUUCCUCGGGUUUCUCUAAAAAUACGAAUUCGAGACCGCCUGGAAAUUAACUCCGGAUCGUCGCGGCCGUCGCGAGAGAUUAAUAACGAUGCGCGUGAUACGUAUAAUGCGAAACGACGCGCGAGAGCGAGCGAGAAACGCGUCUCUUUUUCCGUUUCACACACGAUGACGCAAUACAACCGCGUCCUUCCCACCUCCCCCGGGGCAUGAUUUUUUGUUCCUUCUUCUUUCUCUUCUUUCGACGACUCGUGUCAGGUGGUGUUCAAGGAUGCUGCCGAGCGAGCGAGAGGAACGAUCGUCGCGCUUAUUUAGCGACGAGGCGCUUAUCAAGAGCCCGGAAUCCCCGUUUAAGGGACGGAAGGUGGUUAUAUGAUUGAUCGCUCGUGGCGUGCCUACCUCUAUAAUCAAUCAGGCAUGAACAGAUACGGAAAUGUGUCGCGACUUUUGCACCGACAGGAAGUGCUUUCGAAUACGGCGGACGUAAUAACGCGCUCGCCACGGGAAAUCCUUCGAGGAGAGAUAUGUCCGGGGAACUUUCCUUUUUUUUUUUUUAUCGUACUUUAUCACACCUCGUCGCUAGGCUUCGCCUAACGAUAAUGGAGAUUGUGAUUCCUGCGUUUCCUUCCGUUAUUCGCGCGAUGACGUCGUUGCGGACCCGUCCGCGAGUCGACGACCUCGACGGAAUUCCGGACGACUCGUUCGGAAUUUUGUCCCCCGUGAAAGAACGACGCGUGAUUUCGGGGUCGCCUUCGAAGAAUACAACUGGGUCGUCUAUUCGUGCGACCCUUCGAACAUGGUUUACCUGCGCCUUGGCGACCGCAUCGGGCCACCUGCGGGCGUCCUUUCCGUCUCCGGAGAAAUCGACCUUAAAUGCGUCGAAGGAUAUCCGCCGUCAAGACUGGAGUCUUACGUAUAAACGGAGAGAAGCUUUAUUGGGCUCGAUAUAUGGAAAUCGCUGCCGUGAUCUUUUGCAUGAUAAUAUCUGGAGCGAGAACGAGUCGAGAAAAUGAGUAAGGAAAGGAAGAAAAAAAGGUUGACUCGAAAGAGGUUAACCUGAAUAAUUAGACUAAGUGAGAAUAUUCUCCCCGUAAUUCGCAGCUCUUUCCGAUGUGAUCCGACGCAUCGAGAAAGGAUUUUAUUUAAUCGUGAUAUAGCAAAAUUAUAUAAUAAAAAUAUCACACAUCAAAUGUGGGCCUAUUCGCACGCGUUUCAGUGCAAUUAAAAUCUUAAUAACGUGUCUUAAUAUUAUCAAUAUAAUAAUCUCCUAUUUUUAUCUGCGCUAUAAAACAUACUGACAUCAGCAAAGCUGUUUAACAUUUUUUUUAUUAUUGCGUUUACAUCACUCACCGGUACAUCAUGUGCUCUUAGUCGCGCUAAGAAAAGAAAACACCGGCUAAGUCGUGUGAUUCGAGCAGAGCCGAUCGAGCCGACGUUUUCAACGGUGCUUCUCUAUUUAUAUCUAGGACUCCGGUUGGGACAAAAGUGGCAAAUUUGCGGGGUACGCCGCGCGCGUUCAUUUGUUAUUUGCGCGGCGUGUCAUCGGCGCGAUUUGUCGAGCCCGUGAUCAGCCUGUAAUUGCGAGGGAACGAUUUUUCGCGGCAUUCGCUCUCCGUGGCGCGCCGCUCGCGGGAUUCCAAUUAAUUCCGCGGCCAUCGAUCGUCAUUAAGUCCUCCUCGUCGCGCGGCGUGUCGCUUCUCCGAUAUCGACGCGCACUCCUCCGCGUGUGCGUGUCGGAAACUCGCGAGACUCUCCCGCAUAACUCUCGAUCGCGCGCGCGCGCGCAUGAGACCAUCAAUCACCAUUAGAAUUCAUUUUUUCCGCCGGUGAGAGCUCCGUCGCGAAAUUAAUGACGUGAGAUGAAUUAUUACGGUUCACGCGCGCGCGUAAACGGGCCGCUGUUCGCGAAAUCCGCUCGUCGCCGAAGCUAACAAAAAACGCACACACACGCGCGCGCAUACACACUGUUGAUACAUUCCGUACGGUAUCGCCGGUCGGAAUGUUCUCGACGAGAAAAGUAGCUGUGACUCUUGAGAAAACUCGCGCUUUUUCCACUUUCUCUCUCUCUCUCUCUCCAAUGGAAUCAAUAAUUAUAUACCACUGUGAUCGAAUCAGAGAAAUAAUAUACUUCACCGAUGACACUCGGGUCAACACCCGAACAAUAGUAUUCCCCGUUUUCUGCAAUCUUCUUAAAUUUCACCGACGAAAACGAUCGUCGCUACUGACCGAGCUCGCCGUGAUUUUACCGACUCGCAGUGCUAGAUUUGUAACUGCGACCGAUUGUUUCUCACUAUGUGAUAUACUGAUUGCACAUUUUCGAGAGCGCACUCUCACCGCUAUCUCUUACCGCCUCGUUCCCCUCCGUUGUGAAGUUUCAUCUUCCCGGUUUCGUCCUCGCACGAUCAGCUGUGACAGCGUGAAUUCGAGCGACGGGAUGACGGAAGAAGAGAUGUGUAUCGGGUUAAAUGCCGGGGGAAGAUAACCGAGGGAGGAGAAGAAAAGGGAGUCGCGCGCGAGAUGGUGUUUGCGCCGACGGCUUCCGCCGCGUGCUCUUCCCUUCUGGUCCACCUUGUGUGCUUUCUCGACCAGCCAAUAUCCACGGACCGCUCCGGGAACCUCCUCCCUUCCUUCUUCUUCUUCUUCCUUGCCUUCUCGUCCGGCGACGAUAUCGGUAAUAACACGCGUUCCUCGCUCCCUUCCUUCCGCCAAUCGUUUCCUCUUUUUAUGUCUGCGCGCAGCCAGCCACGAAGGAGCCGGCCUUUGUCGUAGAGAGAACCGGCCGGCCCUAUAUUCGGCUCAGGUAUAACCUCGUGAACGUUAUUUCUUUUACCCACGAGUUGUCCUCGAGGAAGAGCAGCGAGAAGUGAGAAAAAUGGCGUGCAAACGUAUCGCGUACGGUCGCGUCGCGAUCCUCCACCGGGGAAAAGGCGGCACCUGUUUACCGUAACGCGCCGUUUCUUACGAGACUUUGUGUAGCCCAUCAAGGAUGUUUCCUCGGGGGAAGGAUCACUUUACCUAAACACGUUUUAUCGCCGACGGUACAAAAUUAGAAGCGUUUCUUCUCUGACUCGGGCUUUGGAGGAGAGAAAGGUUGCUCCGCGUCCGAGAGAGAAGGGAAGGCGAUCCCGUGACGACCUGAGUGUACGUAACAGUAUAUCCAGGGUGUCUGAUAACCCACAUGCCGACGCUCGUGUGCAGGUAGAAGCGCAUUACGCCUCUGGAUCCCACGCUACGCGGUCCUCUCUUAAUUGAUGACGCCGGGAGCGAGAGAACGCGCGGCUAAAAUGCCAGGCGGAAUACGUUGAAAUAAAAACCAAAAAAAGGCGGUGGAAAGUCGACGCUCGAAGUUAUCGGAAGUCGUCGCGCGAAUUCUAAAAGCAAAUUACAUAUCAUUUAAUUCGAUUAAACGAUAAUAAAAAAAUCAUGAUAAUCCAAUCGAGCACGGAGAUACCAAUUAAUUUACACCGCAUUACCGCGCGACAUCUUUGUGAAAAAUUGCGCAUAAUCGUUAUAACAUAUUGAAGAUUUAUUAUGACGUGACGUACGUUUUUUUUUAGCGGAAUUAAUUCUUCAGACGAAGUUCCCAUCCAGGAUGCCUGAUCGUCGAUUGAUAAUUUUUUGUGACUAUUGCCGUCCCAUCGCUUGGAAAGAAUAGAAAACUCAGUUGUAGGGACAGUAAUAUUCCCGUCGGAAGUUUCUAUUGCUCUCAGUUACCCCAAUCGAGUCACUCUCAAUGCAGUUGAGAGUUCAGACAAAUGUUUUCGAUUUUCUACCACGAUGCGAGUCGUCGCUUACCUCGCUCCGCUACGCCACCGUCGUAUAGGUUUCCGACAGUAACAAAAGCAUCGUUUUCUCGUCGAUAAAUUUUCCUUCGACGCUUCUUUAAUUAUACGAACUGAGAUUUCUCCCGUAUGAUAGCGGUUCUCAGUGUCCACAAAAGAACCCUCGCAAUCGGUCGAGCGGAUCUGCAAAAUAGCUUAAGAACUUUCCUCUCGCUCCAACUGUCAAUUAAUAACCGUACAAUUAACGCGAUACUUUGUCAACCCAUUGUUUCAUAUUAUUCUGUCACGUUGAUCUUACGAUUAUUUAUCGGUCGUUAGAACAAGAAAGGAAAGAGAAAGUUUUACAGACUACUUUACAAAUCUGCUUCCGCGGGAACAUAUUUUCUUUUUUUUUCCAUAUCAACGUAUUUCGUGAGGAUUUGGAGGGUUUAUUUUCUCGUCAUUUGAUCGAGAUGAUCGAGGAAACGCCGAGGAAACGGAAGCUUUAAGCUGAAAGUGCUCCAUUAUUUCGCGAUUUUCGACGGGCGACGAGCGAUGCUGCAACUCCUAAAACUCGCCGGUUACCGGAUAUUGUAAACAACAAGUACAAAAGACAUCUUCCUUGAAUCCCGCCUUGAGUGAACGUUUUCCUGCGUACACACACAUACGCAUUCGCUGAUAUUCUUCAAUUUCUCAACAACCACUGCGAAGAUUGCGAGACGUUAAUGGACUCUCCUGUCCAGUUUAAUGAACUGUGUCCGCACCCGGGCGUUGCCGCGUGCGAAUUAUCGCGCACCUUUUACAAGUAUCUGCGGAAUAAGCGAUACAUAAAAUAAAUGAAUAACGAAUGAGGAAGGGUACCUUAAAUUAAUGAGUGCUCCCUUAAGAGAGUCACGGCUAAUUUGAUACGGCGGCGUCCACGGUCCGGGGUGUAAUUCAGUUUCGGCGGAGUUGGAGCGGAAAGUGUUAACGGGGAAGCCGGCCAAAUAUUGUCGCGAGACAACAGACACCAGUCAGAACGAGAUUCGACCUCGCGAUACCGGCGAAGGGACAUUCUCAACCCGAUUCCUGUCCUCCUCGGACGCGACUCCCUUCGGAGUCUCUCUCUCUCUCUCUCUCUCUCUCUCUCUCUCUCGUGGAUUUACAGCAACAGCCGAAACUUUUCGCUCGCGUAACGAGAUAAGAAUCCGCAGGGAUGUCGCAUGGAUUAAACGGCGAAUUUCUCGGUGACACGAUGGUCCUGUUUGCGCUGAAAAAAUCGCUAAAAGGAUCGCUUACGCGAUCUUAUCGCGAUUAAUCCUAUUUCCACGGCCGAUCGUAAAGCCGCGAACGGACGGACUCGAUCGUAUUAAAAAAGCGGGGGGCGGGGACUUUUAUUUCCCCAGCCCCUCCCCUCCGCAGCAAUGCUCUCGUUGUGCCAAGGCGCAAACACCCGCGUAAAGUCGACUCGAUGCCCAAUUUCUCCCGGGAUGUGCUCUACGACUCGACUUUAUCCGGUUCCUCCGGGAAAAUUUCACCGUCCACCACGUGGAAUUCUGUUUUUCUCCACCACUUGCGGAACUUUUAUAUAUUUGAAAGUACAAUCGUGCGAAAUCAAAUGCAAUACAGAAAAAUAUACAAUGUAUAAUUUGCGAUUAAUUCAAGUAAAUACAUCGGAUUGUUCGUGCAGUUUUUGACAAGUGGCGAUCAUCACUUGUUUUUAAUAUCGCAGCAUUCACAAUCCGGAAAGUGAACAUUCUCGGGCAUUAUUUGCUCGAGAAAAUUCUCUGAGCGCGGAUGUCAACGAGGGUGUCGCACAUUCUGCGAAUUUUCUGAGAAACUCAAUAGUUACACAGAAAAACUUCGUGUCAAUUCAUGAUCCGUGCAAGCAAGAAUAUAUAAUCUCGUAUGAAGAUGACACUUGCUUACGUGAACGAAAUUCUAUAUAGCUCCGCUAAAAUAUCAUACCCUUGUUAUUCAGAAAUAAUUAUCAUGAAUCGAGAGUGAAAAAUAUUGUGUAGAAAGAACGAUACCUUCGAAGCCGAUGCAAGUUCCAGUUAAAGAAGAUAUGAUGCUUUUUGUCCAACAUUUUCCCCUCUUAAAAUACAUGAAAAUUAUCUUAGCGCGGAUUUAGCGUUGAGAAAUGAAAGCAAUCCGAGGGAGAGAGCGCGAGAACAUCGCUCGUCACCGAGUGACUUUUAUUUUUCACGUCGCCAUUCAAUCGUUUCACUUGGGAUUCCGGUCGCAGAAAAAAGCGGGACAAGUUAACCGUCGAUAAUCGCGCAGCUCGCAACCGAUACUUCACGGCCGUUUCCACGGAUCCGUUCUCACCGACGAAUCCCGUAGAUCAUCGUGCGACCGAGGAACCGGACGACGAGAGGUGCUCUCUCUCUCUCUCUCUCGUCCGUCGAGGAACGUCCGAAAAAGCCCGAUUGACGCGCGUGGCCGCGUCCGUGAAAUGCGUCGUCGCGCGUCACCGGUCAUCGUCGCGCAAUUGUCUUCGUGAGAGAGAAGUGCGGCCGAAGUCGUGCGCGAAGUGAACCCGCAGCUUCGCCACGAUGCUGCCGCCGAUCAUCGGCAACAUCAACAGCAGCGACAUACUGACGCUGUACACGAAUCCCAGCAACGGCAGGAACUCGACGACGGAAACGCGAGCAGUCAGCCGCGGUCGUUACGCGGAGAUCGGCGUAAAGAGGAGCGAUGUCUUCCUGGAACCGUACCUGCAGCAGCACGGGACCGUUCAGGUCGUCAGCUCGCCGAGCACGCCGCCGCCGAAUCCGCUGCAGCACCGUCAACUUGCGCAGCUACAUCAUGUACAGAGCGAGGAAUCGCUUUCGUCGGAAGGGUCGGCCACCUCAGGAGGAUCUUCGGCGUCCACGGAAGAUUCUGGCAGCGAGGUGGCCUGCGACAUCACGCUGAUCGAGAGGCUCAUCCGCUCUCACCCGAUCUGGUUCCUUCCAGGCAUCCAGAGGGCCGGCGCCUUUCACUUGUUGCAGGGCAAGGAAGAAGGGAACUUCGUGGUGCGACAGUCGAGCCAGAGCGACACGAUGGCGCUCUCCGUGAGACUGCCGGCCGGUAAGGGGCCCUACAUCGAGCACUACCUGAUCCAGGCGAACAAGGGGAAACUGAGCCUGGAGACCAGCGAGAACAGGUUCGACAACAUACCCUCGCUGAUCGCCCACUACUCACAGUGCUGUGACGAGCUGCCGGUGCAACUGACGUUGCCCCGGGCGAUGCGGGAAGCGAAGAACAGGCAGCAACUGUCGUCGCUCGCAUUGCUGGGCCAGGAAUUCUGGCGGUAUCCUAUGGCGAAUCCGAAACCACCCGCAGAAAGCAGCAGCAGCAACACGUCCAGUCUCAGCAGUUUCCACGGCGGCAACAAUAACCAUCAUCACAGCAGCAACAACAAUAACGCCGACACGCCGACCACGGAGAGCAUAGUGCUGAAUCUCGCGCCGAUAUCGUCCCACGAUACGCGCACUUCGUCACCGACCACCAACACCGUGGCGGCUUCCACGUUCGUCGCGUCGUCGUUGCCGCGUCAACCGCGACCUACUCCGCCCAACACCCUGAACCUGACGACCUUCAACGAGCCGUUGGACACGCGGGGGAGGGAGCAGCGGGCGGUGCCGUCGUCGCCGUGCGACAAGCUGUCGCAACGGCUGAUCUCGCCGAAUCUGGUGCAGAGCGUGCGAUGCCCGUCGCCAGUUGUGCACAACGUGGAGAGCAACGUGCUGAGUCCGGCCCAGGACUCGAAGAGCGGCAGCUUCGACACUCUGAGAAACGGCGGGGAGUUCGCCGGCAAGAGUACCGGCAAGACUUUCUCGAGCACGUCGACCACGAGUGUGCACCACCAUCACCACCAUCAGACUCAGAGCCUCUCGUGCACGACGUCGCCCGUGCUGCCGGCCGACGUUAGGAACAUCGUCGCCGAGAACCCUCAGGGCGCGACGCAGAGCGUGAAGACGCCGCCGCCGCCUCCGCCGAGAUGGGCGAAGCCGGGUUUCAGUCAGAGCCAGAGCAACUUCACCGUCACCACCACGGUGACGUUCAACGUCAACCAGACCACCAGCGACGUGAACACCUCGCAGCAAAAUACGCCGUCGGAUCCCAACACGUCGCUCCUAAGCCCGCAGAGCGCGACCUCCUGCAAGUCGCUAGCGUCCAGCUUCUCCGGCAUUAAGUCGCCGCUCUCGCCCACCACCCCGGUCUUGUCACCCACGUCGAAGCUGGUGCCGAACCCGCUGAACCCGGCCGGCCUGAAGACCCCCAACGUUCUCUCGCCGAACACACCGAACUCCAGCACCAGCAAGUCCAAGAGACGCCGUGAUCGCGAGAACCGCAAGAACUCGCAGCAUUAUCAGGAGUCGGACAUCCUGGACUCGUAUUAUCGCAGCUCGCCGGCCGACAAGAUCUCCGACUACGAGGACAUCUGGAACACGACGGACCAGUCGAAUCAAUCGACCUGGUCGCCCAAUGAAAACACCAAGUCGUCGUCGUCGAAGGACAACAAUAGGAACGCCUGCACCCCGCUGGACCGUUUGAAGAACUCGAACGACCGGCUGAUGACGGCCCACGAGAGGAUCGUUAGCCCCGGCGAGAGGAGCUUGAACGAUCGAGUGCCGCCGAGUGAGCAGAUGCAGGUGCUGAGGAACACCGACAGGUUCAUCCUGAGGAACGACAAGUUGAGCUACAAGGAGACGACCAGUCCGGAGCUCAGCAGUUUCAAACCGGAACUCAAGAGUCCCGCCGAUCAAAACUCGCCCGAAGAGACCGGCAUGGGAAGGCGGCCCGAUCUGCUAUCCAGAGUUUGCAGUGCCAAUUCGUUGAACAGCCCGAGCACGGUGACGCCGCCGCGGAACAAGCUCGGCCUGGUGCUGGGCGCCAAGUCUGAGAGCAACAGUCCGCAGACACCGGAGUCGAAGCAGAGCAGCCCGUUCUACGCGGAACCGGCGGACGCGAUCGUCACCGCGCAGAACGCCGCCAUAAUACCGCGGAGGCGGAAUCCGCCGAGGGGUAAUCCGGCGACGAACAAGUACCGACACAGCGAGCCCGGCUGGCUGCAGACGCCGACGGGGAACAACGGGAACCAGCUGCUGCACCCGAUCGACUGGGAGGAGCCGGAGGAGGCCGAGGACAAGACCCCGCUGAUCUCGUCCUCGGUCGACAACCUGGCGAAGCGCCUCCACGGCGUCAGGGAGACGAAGAAGAUACCGCGGGCGAAGCCCGUGCAGCCGCCCAAAAUCAGGACGAGGGUCUUCAACGACACCUCAUGGGCGGUGGACUCCAGCUGGGAAUUUAUAGGUAAUGACACGGAAGACUGCGAGCCGGACUACGACUGUGAUGCUGAUUACGAGGGCGACAACACGGCCGCGAGGAAGUUCCCCGACGAGGAGUGCAAUAACAGGGACAUCGUCGGGAACACUUUGACCGUCCAGAGUAUCAUUCUGCAACGGUACCCGGAAUUGCUGAAGCCGCCGGACAGCACGUGCGAGUCGCUGUACAGCGACCGGAACUCGUCGUACGACAACGUGGAGAAACGGAACGUGGAGCGCGAGAACAUGCCAUUAGAGGGAUACUCGCGGAAGGAUCGCACGUACGACCCUUCCGAGUGGGAGACCAUGCUGGACACGGACGAAAGUGACGUGGAGAGGAUCAAGAGGAACAAGAGCUUCAAGGAGCGACUCGAUCCGCUUUUGUCGCCGCCGCGAUUGCAAGCGCUGAGGAACCGCGACGCAGGCGGCACCGGGUCCACCAUCAGGAGUUACGCGCUGCGACUGGCCGCCGACAAGGCGACGACGUUCUCGCAAAAUAUCGACAACUUCAUCCAAUGCACGAAGGAAGGCAAGGAGGCAAGUCCGCACGUGGUGACGCGCAACAUGCGGCAGUUCAUGUCGGGCAUGAAGAAUUACCUGGUGAACGGCGAGCCCGAGUUCGAGCGUGAGGUGGAGAAGGUGCGGCUGAAGCUGCGGCCGAACGAGUUCCUCAACAUCGACGCGAUCCUCGAGGAGGUGAUGAUGGGUCUGGUGGUGACACCGUUGCGGGAGCACGUCUACAAGCUGUUCGUCGAGCACUACGCCGCCACCGGGUCCCUGCAGACCCUCGCUGAGAAUAUCCAGCACGCCUACGGCAAGAACAUGCACGAGCUCGGCGUUCGACCUAAGAUUAUACCGCCCUCGGAGGACAAUCUGGAGCGCAUUCUCAGGUGCAUCGAACGACUGCAGAAGGCCGACUCGCCGUUGGACAAGCUGGAGAACCUACUGGCUGCGAUCUCGGCCCUCUUCAACUCUGUGAAGCAGGCGAACUCGGGUCGCCACGUGACGUUGGGCGCCGAUGAUCUCUUGCCGAUGGUCGUCUGGGUACUCGUGCGCGGCAAGGUGGUGGACGCGGAGGUCGAAGCUGAAUAUAUGUGGGGUCUCCUGCAUCCCUCGCUGUUGACGGGCGAGGGCGGAUACUACCUGACGACGUGGUCGAGCGCCGUGCACGUCCUCAAGACCUUCAAGUCGAGCCAAAACACGAUGUCGACCUUGAACGGUUGCGGGGCGCCGGACUGCUCGUCAGUGCUGCGGAUCUUAGUGCCCGACGAGUUGCACGGCUCCCUGAAUACCAGAACGCUGCCGGUGCGGCCCAACAUGAACACCCGGGAAAUCUGCCGCAUCCUCGCGCAUAAAAUAAGGUGCACCAAUCCUCAGGACUACGGGCUCUUCAAGUUGGUGCAAGGGGAAGAUUCAUCCGUUACAGAAACCUUGCUCGGGGAUCACGAGUGCCCGCAAGAACUCUCCCAUUGCCUUUUCGCCUACAAACGGAUCGACGCGAAGAUAGCGUGGCCCAAGACCAGUUCUUAAGAACGCAACAAUAUCCUCGUCAUUUAAUUCAUCGACAACACACCCUCGUCAUAAAUCGGCACCUACCGCCUUCUUCGAGAUAUAGUAAAGCCACACCUGUCGCAAGGCGCAACCGUUUUUCUCCGCACACCGUUUCCCCACAGGUGUAUGUAUCAUCUCCUUCGAGCAUGCGUAAAAACAUUUCCUCCGAAGCUUCCCGUGCAAAUUGCAUUUAGAUUCGCUCAAUGCCCGUGAAGACGUAAGUCGAAAAUACUUUUGACUUUCUUUUCUCCAAUCUCUCGUCUUUUCAUACGAUCUCUCAGACUUUCUGCAAACGUUCUAACUUGAAACGAAAUUUUUCCCGGAUUUUUCAUACCAAUUCGAACGUAUUUCUGAAACACUCCGACGAAGAGAUCGAAAAAUGUGUAACAUUUCUCAGUAUAUCUCGGAUUUUUUCACGGAUAAACAUCUCUAAAAAUAUUUAUCACGUUUUCAAAUUCGUCAGUCGGUGUUUUGAAUGGAAAAUAGUUUCACUUAUUUUGCGCUAUCGUCAUACGAGCGACUCACGUUUCUCUUAAUUUUCUCAAAAUGCAGAUUCAUCGAAUUAUGCCCACUUGAUGUUGAGCGAUUCGUUUAUAUUCAAUUCCGCGUGAGGAAUUUUAAUGUGUUCGAAAUUUCCCGGCGGAAAUUCUCCCUUUCCGGCACUGCCAUUUCCAGAAAAAAGAAAUAUUUGCGAAUUUUUACUUGUAAGUGAAGAAACUAACAGUAGAUAAGAGAGAGAAAGAAAGAAAGAAGAAGGAGGGAAGGAAGGAGUGCGUAUGCGUGUGUGUAUGCGUGUGUGUGUAUGUAUGUAUGCACAUCUGUAUGCGUCUUUAAACACUUGCGCAAGUAUUUUGGGUACUUAAAAACGUGCGAAGAUAAGACUAUUCGUAUUCCGUUGUGGACAUCCCAAAUUAAAUUAAUCUUAACGUAAACAUUAAGCUAAGUCUCUCUUUUCCAGUUUAGGACAAAGCAAAUCUCGAGCAGUAUCAUUGCACAAUCGACGUUGCGAUAUCCGUGCGUUAUUUGAUCAUAGAAUAAGCCGACGUACAAUUUUAAUUCUCAGCAGGUACUACUUAUAGAUUUAACAUAUAAAUAUGGCGGUAUAAUACAAUAAUUAUUAAGAUAUAUCAUAAUUAUGUUUAUA